AUGAUAGCGACGUUAUUUUACAAAACAGACGACACCGAGAAGCAGACGUCGAAACAACCGAAUAUAAUAUAUAUUUUCGCUGACGAUCUUGGAUAUAAUGAUGUUGGUUACCAUAGAUCUGAGAUUAAGACGCCCAAUAUCGAUCGACUGUCCCGGGAAGGUGUCCGCCUGGAGAAUUAUUAUGUGCAACCAAUCUGUACUCCGAGUAGAAGUCAGUUUAUGUCCGGGAGAUAUCAGAUCCACACAGGCUUACAACACGGUGUCAUCAAACCCAGUCAGCCGAAUGCUCUACCAACAACCAGUCCUACCAUUGCUGAAAAACUGAAAGAAGUUGGUUACACAACUCAUGCUAUAGGAAAAUGGCAUCUUGGUUUUUAUAAGGACAAAUUUCUCCCUAUUAACAGAGGCUUUGAUACUUUUUUCGGUUUUUAUACUGGUGCUGAAGACUAUUUCGACCAUUUUAGAUGUUUUGAAUAUUGUGGUUAUGACCUUCAUAACAAUGAUUCCAGUGUGUUUAACGAGACUGGACAUUAUUCUACUCACUUGUUUACAGAACGGGCUAUCAAUAUCGUCAAGAGCCAUGACCAAUCAAAGCCAAUGUUUUUGUACCUCGCAUACCAAGCAGUCCAUUCACCGUUACAGGCACCAAGAAGGUACAUCAGACCAUAUUUUCAUAUACAAGAUAAACAUAGGAGGAAAUAUGCAGGUAUGGUUUCGUGUUUAGAUGAAGGAAUUGGAAAUCUCACUGAUGCUUUAAAAGAGGCUGGAAUGUGGGAGAAUACUGUUUUCGUUUUCUCUACGGAUAACGGUGGAAGUAUAGGAGACGGAGGGAAUAACUGGCCAUUACGAGGAUGGAAAGGUUCACUAUGGGAAGGUGCUAUGAGAGGUGUGGGAUUUGUUUUAAGCUCAAAGUUAAAAUAUCCUGGUACGGUCAACUAUGAAUUUAUUCAUGUCUCAGACUGGUAUCUAACAUUCCUGAAGAUAGCUGGUGCUAAACGUAAUGGUACUAAAGAUAUGGAUGGUUUUAAUCAAUGGUCAACUAUCAGUGAGAAUGCUCCCAGUCCAAGAAAAGAAUUGCUCCACAAUAUAGAUCCUCUUACAAUGAAGCAGGGGAAACGACUGUAUCGAGAUACUUUUGAUAAUAGAAUACGAGCUGCUAUCAGAGUGAACAAUUGGAAAUUAAUUACUGGGUAUCCAGGGAACAGCUCCUGGAUUCCACCUCCUCACAUUUCAAGACACCUGGACCCUAGAAUCCGCUAUCAAUCAGACAACAACAAUGACGCUAAAAACAUUUGGCUAUUUAACAUUGCCGACGAUCCUUACGAAGAGAUCGAUCUAUCCAAUACCCACAUAGACAUUGUUCGAUCUCUUUUGGAUCGUUUAUUAGAGUAUGAAAAGACAGCGGUACCAAUACGUUAUCCGGCUUACGACCCAGAAAGUAACCCACAAAAACAUGGCGGACAGUGGAAACCAUGGAAAUGA